AUGCCGAACUUCGAACCCAACGCCGUGAUUCGCGGCUUCCAGCUCACCGUCGUUGGCACUGUUCGGGCACUGCGCAACCCCGAAUUGUUCAAAUCCGAGCACUUCCGACAGGCAGCUUUGGCUAUUGUGGUUGGAAUCGUUAUCCAAUUCAUCAUCCAGAUUCCGAUCAUAGGUGUCAAAUUUCUCCUGGUGAUUGUAUCGCUCUUUGUUGACUUAGAGGCCGUUACUUGGGAUGACACCAUUCUGGAAUCUCUGGACUUCUUGAACAAAUCUGUUCUCCAAGUCCCGUUCCUACUGAUGACCUUAAUGCGAUAUGUUACUCCGACUCUAGAUGGCAUCUUCAUGCAAUCUCUGCAAUGGGUCGAUUAUACAUACGUAAACAAGCACAAGUCGGACGACCCUGCGACUCUGCGGGCCAUGUACUAUCCCAACCUUAUCAAAUACUCGACCCACGGCAGCGCAGGUGUGUCUAAGCCUGUCCCGGACGCUCUGGUCGCCUUCAUGGUCCGGUACGGUCGAAAAGUCGGAAUGAUGUUGGCGGUAUUCAUUCUUUCGCUUCUUCCCAUCGUUGGUCGAUUCGUGAUGCCGGCAGUCUCUUUCCUCUCUUUCCAGGACUUCGUUGGAACCACACCCGCUGCCGUCAUCUUCGGAACUGGUCUAGUGCUUCCCAAGAAUUUUGUCGUCACCUUCCUUCAUACCUACUUCUCGUCCCGCAGCUUGAUGCGUGAAUUGUUGGAACCCUACUUCUGCCGCGUCAAGUUCACCAAAGAGCAGAAGAAGCGUUGGUUUUCCGAUCGAGAGGGUGUACUAUUCGGCUUCGCCUUCGCCUUCACCGUUGUUCUAAAGACGCCAUACAUUGGAGUUCUCAUGUAUGGCGUGGCAGAAGCAUCCACCGCCUAUCUUGUCACCAAGAUCACCGACCCUCCCCCAAGCCCUGCCGACAGCGAAGGCUAUGCCGAGAGCCAAGUGACGUGGAAGAACAAGCAUGACUUCCUCCAGCUGUCCCUCGACAACAUCGACAAAAUCAACACGGCCGUUCACCAAAGCAAGGAGGCCACCAACCCUGAAAUUCCCAGGCAAAAGUUUACCUAG